AUGUCUCUUGGUUUUUUGAUCAAGUUGAAGAUUCUGUGGGCGAUUACUGCUUUACAGAAGAUUUAUUAUCCAGUUUUAGCCACGUUUAGUGUCCUGGUUAAUGUGAUUGCAAUAGUGGUCCUGGUUCGAGGAAAGUGCGGCCUUUCCAAAUGUGUGACUCAUUUCCUGGUGGCCAUGGCAGGAGCAGAUCUGUUGGUCAUUAUCUUUGAUCUGAUACUACGACAAAUUCCUAUUGCAUAUCGGGAGGACUUCUUUUUUCUGAAUUUUGUCUCCUUGUGCAACAUCCAUGCUGUUAUGCUUUAUGCUGCCACAGACUGUUCUGUCUGGUUCACCGUCAUGUUCACCUUUGAUCGGUUUGUAGCCAUUUGCUGCCAAAAGCUGAGAAGUAAACAUUGCACCAAGAAAACAGCGUGUGUGGUUUUAGGAACAGUGACUGUGCUGAGUUGUUUGAAGAACAUUUUCUGGUGUUUCUUGUAUUCAAGUAGUUACUGGCUUUCUAAUACCCCAUGGUUUUGUAGCGUGAUGUAUGCUGUAAUUACUUCAAUUGCCUGGACUAUCGUUGAAUUGAUGCAUUACAUAAUUACGCCAUUCAUUCCAUUUGUUUUGAUUCUAGUGUUAAAUGCAUUGACUGUCAAAAAUAUUAUAUUAGCCAACAGAGCCCGCAGGAGACUCCUAGGUCAGUCAACUGGGGACAGUCCCAGUGACCCAGAGAUGGGGAGUCGGAGGAAAUCCAUGAUUUUGCUUUUUGUUAUAUCUGGCAAUUUCAUUACACUAUGGAUGGUGUUCAUUGCUUAUUCCGUAUUAAAGCGAUUUGAUUACUUGGGAUAUCCAGUUCCGCUGCCAACAUUUGUGAAUGAGAUUGGCUUCAUGCUCCAGCUCCUGAGUUGCGCCACGAACACCUUUAUUUAUGCAGUUACCCAGAGGAAAUUCAGAGAAGAGUUGAAGAAUGGAGUAAUGUAUCCCUUCAUUAAGUUGGUCAAAAUAAUUUGUUGA